CGAAUGACUGCUAUCGUGGGGAGCCCUGAAGCGCAUUGAAUUUCCAAGGUUGUCCUGAAUCCUGUACACUUUUUGGUACACACACACGGUACAGCGGGCGUCGAGCGUGGAGGGGAGAAAGACGAGGCGACUGACCCCACUAUGAACCCUUGCAGAGUUGUGACAUUAUUAUUAGAGGCUCGUCUCUUUUUUUCGCGCCGUUCUCCAUUAUUUUUUCUACCUCUUACAAAUCUGCAAAGGCCACGCUACCGGCAAUAUGAUUAUCUACAAGGACAUCAUCACUGGCGACGAGUUGAUCUCGGACUCAUACGACCUCAAGGAGAUCGACGGUGCCGUGUACGAAGCCGACUGCAAGAAGAUCACCGUCGGUGUUGGUGACAUUGACAUUGGUGCCAACGCUUCCGCCGAAGAGGGUGGUGAUGAUGUCGACGAUGGCGCCCAGACCGUGCUCGACGUCGUUCACUCUUUCCGAUUGAACGAGACUCAAUUCGACAAGAAGAGCUACUUGGUUCACCUCAAGGGCUACAUGAAGGCCGUCAAGGAGGGCAUGAAGAAGAAGGGUGCCAGCGACGAGGCUGUCACGGAGUUCGAGAAGGGCGCUUCAGCCUACGCCAAGAAGAUCGUUGGCAACUUUAAGGACUACGAAUUCCUCAUUGGCGAGUCCAUGAACCCCGAUGGAAUGGUUAUUUUGCUCAACUACCGCGAGGAUGGUGUCACUCCCUUUGUUACCAUCUGGAAGCACGGUCUUGUGGAAGAGAAGGUUUAAAUUGAGGCUCGGACAAAGUUUUGCAACAGGAAUGAAAACUGCGGCGGCUCCACUAACAGGCUGUGCGAGCUCGAGCCAGGCCAUGUGUCGAAUCAUGAUAGCUACGACCCCAAAAUAAUAGACUUCUUUCACAAUUCUCCCUCC